AUGAAGUCAAAUGUUAAAGAGGAAAAGAAUGAGUUUCAAGCUUCGAAUGAGUUAGCUGAAUCAUCGGAAGACACAAGCAGCUUCUUCGACUCCUCAAGUACUUUAAAUAAUGAGAAACUCUACAAAGCAAGUGCACCUGAGCAAUGUACGACGAACAGUAGAUUAAGGUCUAGAAUGAAAAUGCAGCAACAACAAGCACAAACUAACGUCGAUCCUUCAGAUAUGACAGACUCAAGUUCUCAAAGCGAUGAUUAUGGAAAUUGUCGGGGACGACGCAAAGCAACAUAUUUAACAUCAUCAUCAAUCGCGAGAAGGAAAAAAGGAGCGUUGAAUGCUAAGGAAAGAAAUUUGAGACGGUUAGAAUCAAAUGAAAGGGAACGAAUGCGAAUGCAUAGUUUAAAUGAUGCAUUUCAAUCUCUACGUGAAGUCAUUCCACAUGUUAAAAAGGAACGAAGACUUUCAAAGAUUGAGACAUUAACGCUGGCAAAAAACUACAUCACAGCCUUGACCGAAGUGGUAAUAGCGAACAAUAAUAGCGGAGGUUUUCAGCAGCCAGACAAUUGCAAUAAUGAGAUUUCUAAUCUAAUUUCAAUAAACAAUAGCGUCAUAAUCAAUCCAGGCCAAGAUGUCAAUAAUAACGAGCAGGCGUUAAGAACAAACCGCAACAAUGCAAAUGCUAAUGAUCACGAUGUCGACAAUGAUUUAGGCGAUUUGGAGCCUAGCAUCUUCGAGAAUGCUGCUGAUCCUUUUGAAAUAAUCUAA